AUGCCUUCUCGGAAGGCGGCGGGGAUUCUCGGGAGCCUUCACGCCCUCCGAGAGGCUUCUUGCUGCGCCCUCGGGCCAGGCUCGGGCAGCUUCUCUCGGAGGGCCCCAGGCCCUCCGAGCCCUUCGAGGAGGCCCCUCUCGCCUCCUCCCCCCCUGUCUGUCGGGCGAUCGCAAGCAUGGAUCAAGGGGGCGUGGAUUAGCGACGGGUCCCGUGUUCAUGGGAAGUCGCGGAGUCCCGCCGCCGAGCGAGGCGGCAUCGGUCGCAUUUUGGGGAGGGCACCUCCCCCGAUCCAUGGAUUUGGCGACCGCGCGCCAAGUCCAUGGAUUGCUAAUCCAUGUUUCCGCGCCCCCGACCCUGGGGCUCGCUGCCGAGAGGUGCUGUGCAGCGUGGAGGACCCUGCUGCGGCCCUGCGAGAAACGAGCCGCGUGUUGGUCCCCGGCGGGCGUUUCGGCUACCUCGAGCACGUGUCGGCGGACGUGGGGUCGCCGUUGGAGUGGCAGCAGCUCGCGAUGGACCCGUUGCAGCAGCAGAUUGCUGGCAAUUGCCACCUGCACCGCGACACGGAGGCGUUGAUACGCGGCAGCGUGGGUUCCGAGCAGGGCAGCCUCUUCAGCCAGUUGGACGACACGGAGAGGUACGAGGUCUGGCAGAUGUGGCCUAUUUCUCAGCAGGUGGUGGGUGUCGCGACCAAGUGA